AUGGAACCUUCAACGCCAAAGGUGGCUUCGGAUUUCUUACACCGCUCUCUAUCAAUUGUGACGUGUAUAUGUGAAUAUGGAUUGCCCCGCAAGGGCAGUAAACAGAAUUAUUUUUGUGCUUCCCGAACUCCUGCUAAUUUAGAGGAACAUGAAAUACUCACUUCUUCUGGUUUAUACCAACGAGUUUAUGUUCAACCUAAUAAUAAUAAAACGGCACUUAUCACUUAUCAUGAUAUUGGAACUAAUCAUACCUCGUUUCUUAGUCUAUUCAAUAAUCCGGAAAUGCGUGUAAUCACUGAAAAUUUCACUGUUUAUCAUAUAUGCGCUCCUGGACAUCAUGAAAAUGCACCGAAUCUUAGUUUUGGUGAACCUGGUCAAGAUCAAGUGUUAUUAUCUCAACCGGAUAUACAGAAACAACGUCAGUCCGUUUCAUCAAUUACUGGUAGUAGAGGAAGUAUUUUGGAAGCGGUUCGUCGACGAUCUUCAUUACUAUUAAAUCGUUUUAUGGAAUCUAUUGGAAUGAAUGUUGGGGAAGUUAUUCUAUGAUUGUUGUUUUCAUUGUUGUUAUAUUUUGAUAACACAAUAAUGAUGAUGUUGAUGAUGGUGAUGCAUUUUAUUCUAAUUCGGUUGUUUUAUCCGGGUGUUUGAGUCAUUCAGCAUAUAUCCAUCCAUAUCGUGAACAUGAAAAGAGUGAGAGAGAGAGAGAGAGCGCGCGCGCGAAAAAAACGGCGUUUUUAAACGGUGUAUAACCGCUACACAAUGGUGUAUACACAGGUUGUUUGGCUAGGUGUCCAUUUAUUUUGUCUUGAAUUUUUAACCAACCUUUUAUAGAAUUGGAUAAAAACAAAAAAAACAAUGUGUUCAGUGUUUUAAUUCGUGGUGAGCUUUGUAACUAACGUGUUUUAAACAAAACAAGACUUUUCUGUCCA